AUGCGGAAAGCCAUUGCAAAACCCUGUUCUUCAUGUACGCCUCCAAUCCCAAAUCUCUCUGUCGUAACCUCCAUUGCAUCAAUCCUUCAAAACCAAAAUCCCCAAAACCCACAUUGUGAAUCUCUCAAAGAGUUCUCAUCUCACCUCACCCCAACCUUCGUUAUCCACGUCAUCAAGAAUCUAAAGAACCCUCACCACGCCCUUUCAUUCUUCAACUGGGCCUCAAACCCUAAACCCAACCCUAACAACUACUCUCACACUCCCUCCUGUUACGCCGCCAUCACCGAUCUCUUGCUCUCUCACUCACUCUUCUCCACCGCAUUCUCCUUCCUCCGCCACUCUAACAAACUCUCUGAUUCCCUCAUUUUCAGAUUCAUCAAUGCUUUGGGUCAACGUGGCGAUAUCAGGGGUGCCAUUCAUUGGUUCCACAAGGCCAAAACCUUUACAAGAGGACGCUAUUUGUUCUCCUGUAACGCCAUAUUGGGUGUGCUUGUGAAGGCGAAUCGAAUCAAUUUAGCCCAGGCUAUUUACGAUCAGGUUGUAGCAGAAGGUGUGGUGGAACUCGAUGUUUGCACUUACACCACCAUGAUUCGGGGAUUCUGUAAAAUGGGCAUGGUCGAGAGUGCAAACAAGGUGUUCGACGAAAUGCGCUGUGGACCCAACAUGUUUACUUACAACACUUUGAUUCACGGGCUUUGCAAGAAAGGUUACAUGGAGGGUGCCAAGAAGGUUUUUAACAGGUUGGUAGAGAGUGAGAGUUGUAAACCUGAUGUGGUGACUUUUACCACUUUGAUUGAUGGGUAUUCCAAGAAAGGUGAGUUACGUGAGGCGUUGAAGUGCAUGGAGGAGAUGGUGGAACGAGGGUGUUGCCCUAAUGUUGUGACCUACAACGCGUUGAUUGAAGGUCUUUGUUUGUGUGGGAAUGUGGACGAGGCCAAGAGGAUGAUGACUAGGAUGAGGUUAAACGGCUUGAAAGACAAUGUUGCCACAAACACUAGCAUUUUGAAGGGUUUUUGUAUUGUGGGAAAGUCUGAUGAUGCUAUUAACCAUUUUAAGGGAAUGAUUAGUCGUGGGAUGAAUCCAGAUGUGAAAGCAUAUAGUGUCAUUGUCAAUGAGUAUUGCAAGAUUAGAAAACCGAGUGAAGCAGUGUCUCUUCUGAGGGAAAUGGUGAUCAGGGGCAUUAAGCCAAGCAUGUCGAGUUUCAAUGCAGUGUUUAGAGUUCUUGUCGAUAAGGAGGAGCUUGAAGAAGUAGUUCUUCUUUUAAAGCAGAUGCCUCGGAUGGGUUGCACGCCCAACUUCUUAUCGUAUAGCAUUGUGGUUUGCAGUCUUUGUAAAGUGAAGGGUAAGAUGCAACAGGUUGAAGAGCUUGUUGGGAACAUGCUUCAGAAUGGACAUAACCUGGAUGCCACCAUGUACAAUUGCUUGCUUGCUGGAUAUUGUGAAGAUGAGGAUGAAGAAAUGGCAUUGAAGACGGUUUAUGACAUGAUUGACAAGAACUUUGUUAUCAACCAUGACACUUUCUGCACUUUUGUGAAGGAGUUGUGUGCAAAGGAAAAGGUCAAAGAGGCGGAGAGAGUACUUGAAGAGAUGUGCAGGAGAUACCCUGUGUCUGAUGUAAAUGCUUAUAGAAUGGUGCUACGCCAGUUGGGUGGGAAUGCUGAGGGGCUGCGGUUUCGCAAUCCUCCUUUUCUCCUUCUGCAUCAACUUUCAUAA